AAACAAGGCAGGCCUCUCAUGUUUCAGGUAGAGGGGCAACAGUACCUUGACCACUCUUUGUGAUGUCACUUUGUGAUGCAAUUCAUCACCUUCAUAAACCUCUGGUCCAGGACAGCAACCAUCCAUCUGGUGGGUGACCAGCACUCAGUCAGCUGUGUUGAUCCAGUGAUGGAGAAGACCCAGUGCAAGCUCCUGGUUGCUCUCAGGAAAAUGUUGGCAGUCCCAAUCAGAUAUCUCAUCUUUCUUCUUGUUAUCACUUUGAUAACAUGUUUUCAUAUUGUUAUCCUUCUGAAACUUCUGCAGACUUUUCCUUUGGUUCAUAACACAUUUGAAUCCAUGAGGAGGCCCUUUGCUACAACCAUCUAUUUGGUGGGUCAUCCGCGCUCUAGCAGUUGAGUUGAUCCAAGGAUGGAGAAGAUCCAGCACAGGGUUCCGGAUGCUCCCAAGGAAGCCUUUGAACUCUAAUCUGAUGCCUCAUCUUUACUCUUAUUCUCUUGUUCACAACAUUAUGUUAUAUUGUUAUCCUCUUAAAACUCCUACAGAGUCUUACUUUUAUUCAAAAAAAAUCUGUGAAUCAACCAAGAGAUGUUUCAGGUGCCUCUUUGCUGUCCGUGAAAUGCCACCCCAGCUUUCCAGCGCCCAAGCAAAGAUCUAUCAGCAAAGGGGCAAGUGCCUGAGGGUGCAAGGAUUUGGGAGAAAAGAACAGAGGACAAGUCUCUCCACCUCCAUUAAAGUCUGGCAUUCUCCAUUACUGAGACUCAGCAUCAAAGAAGACCUGUCAGGAAAUCUUUUUGCGUGGUUAUGGGUCAGAUGGGAAGAUGGUGACCACGAAGGCCCACUGGAAGAGGAUCCAACCUGCAGAGGGGAAAGAGAGCAAGAGCACAACACACCAAACACAAGUCUAUCCUCAGGAGAAGUGAGAGUUGGUGUCAAGAAGAAAUUAAAGAAAAAGCUAUCCCCGAGAGAAGUGAGAGUCGGGUUCAAGAACCACUGGCAAUUCAGGGAAGCCACUGUUGCUUCCUACCAGCGCCUCUUUUUGCCACCAAGUUGGAAGGCCAACAGAGGAGAGGAUCCAACCUGCAGAGGGGAAACAGAGCAAGAGACGAACACACCAGACACAAGUCUAUCCUCAGGAGAGGUGAGAGCUAGUGCCAAAGACAAAGUACAGACAAAGCUAUCCUCGGGAGAAGUGAGAGCCGGGUCCAAGAACCAUUGGCAAUUCAAGGAAGCCACUGUUGCUUCUCACUAGCUCCUCUCUUUGCCACCAAGUUGGAAAGCCAACAGAAAAGCUAAAGAACCAGAGGAGAGAUACUCCAUUUUAUUCUCAAAAGAAAGUGAAAUCUCUCACUCGGUUUCAGCAAAGCUAGGGGAGGAAGGUUCUUCUUUGCUCUCAGAGGUCAGCAAACCACAGAACUCUGGCUCAAUCAAUUGUUUCUCGUAUUGUCCCUCUGGGGACAAUGAUGUUCUCCACUAUGGUUCCUCAAAGAAGAUGGAAGAAGGCUCCUGUUGUCUGCCUUUCUUGGCUUAUCCAACCCGAGAUUGUUUAGAAACCCAGGAAUCCCUGAAAGAAGAUGCUGUAGGCCAAGGCCCCUUUAUCAAAAAUGAUCACUAUCAUUCAUUCUGGGUCACCGGAGGGGGAGACAUCACUAAAUCUGAAGAACGCCAACUCAUGGAGCCCGUGGGGAAAAAAGGAGAAAGCCAAGCAGGUAAAGGACUGUGAAGGUGUAGAAAGAGAGUGUGCCGUCCGCAGAGACAAAAGUGGAAAAAGAUGAUGAAAAGAAAGAGCAGCUGACUAGCAGCGAAAGUAACAAAGAAGAGAGGAAAGGGUUAACAGAUAAGGAAGGGGAGUUAAAGCUGGAAGUAUGUUUGGCUGAAGGGGAGUGGGAGGAGUCAGAGGUGACAGUUGGUGGAGGUUAUAAGGAUAAGGAGGGGGUGGUGUGGUUCAGUGCUGUGGUGGAGGAGUACGAAAGAAGAAAGAGGGAAGAAAAACGACAGGCCUUUGAGAGAGUCCGCACCCAAGGCUUAAUAAAAGAUUUCCCUAACCUUCAAGUGGGCGGACUCUUGCCUAAUCCCUCAACUCAAAGAAAACCACCACCUUAUGGACCAGCGAAAGAGUGGAAAGUGAUCGUGGCUCCUUGGGAAGAAGAGUUACAGCAAGAGCACAAUUGGAGGAAGGCUGAGUUUGAUGAGGGUCCUGAUGAGAGGGGGUGGAUUCGGCACAAAUGCUGUGGGACAAUUUGUGCCAUGAGGAGUUCCCCACCCCCUCAGUGGGGUUGCAAGAAACCCUAUGGGGACCAGCGCCGUUAGCUCCAUGGGAUUAUAUUCAAAGUUUAGAACAUGUUAAUGAGAGUUUGUCACCCAGUUGUAAACCAUUGGAACCGUUGAAAGAUGUGCUGGAGAGUGGAAGUGGUAAUAAAGGUUCUAUUGUUAAAGUUAUAAGGACUCAACCCUUAUUAUUUCCUGCCGAAAUGGAGGGGCCGCCUGAGGGGAAAGAUGAACUUUUUGACAAGGACCUAUUCAAGCUAUUGCCAUCAUGAUUUGCAGGCAUGAAAAAACAUUACACCUCCAAGGCCUCCUGGGAUGAAGAAAGCAGAAUGGGAGAAAGUGACUUUGUUCCAUGAGAGACACAGUUUGAGGCUUCAGAAAGGAGAGCAUUCAGUGUUUGAGAGGAAAGACGGUUUUCGGAGAGUGGGAGAAGGCCACGAAUCUCAGAAUGGAGAGGUCACAAUGAAGAAAUGGUGGCCAGUACCAGCAUCCUGGAUAGGAAACUGCAUCUCCUGUGUCGAACGGAAGAAUGGAGGGGUAAACAAGGAAUCUCAACAUUCAUUUGGAGAAAGAUGGGAAGUGUCAGAAGGGAAAGGGGUGUUUCAGCUGCCACUGAGGAAGAAAAGG